CAGUCCUUCCUGCUUUGUAUUUUGUUUUUUUAUUAAUUCAUUUAACUUGUCUUGCAGCUCAAUUAUAUAACAUUGGAGCAAUCAAUUAUAAGAGCAAUGGUAGUUGGUGGGCGAAGGAAUACCGUCUGCUUUCUUGCUACCUUUCUAUCUCUGUUUCUAAUAUCAUUGCUUCUGACAAAUGUUGAAGCUUUUGGUUAUCCAUCAACUGCGAUGCCAUCCGUCUCUUGGACUAACAUCGUACCAAAUAACUUCAGUUUUUGGGAAUCAGCAUGGGUGAGACCUAUCUUGGUUAAUGGGAGUUUUGUUUGUGACUUCCACUGCAAAUUUGAAGGAACCCCCCGCCUCUUUGCUAUUUCCAUCUUCCAACCUAAACUUGAUAGCAACUUCAAAUUUUCUACACAAAUGGUAUGGUCUGCUAAUCGAAACAAGCCGAUUGGACUUGGGGCACAAUUGCAAUUUUCUCAAGAAGGGGAUUUAACACUGAUGAUCAUGACACUCUGCUUCUGCGGAGUCGACACUACCGUAGUCUAUUAUCAAUACCUUGGGUCUCAAAAAAUAGGCCAAACGGGGCAAUUUUAUGCUGAGGUGGGUAGAAUCAAACUGGGAGGAAGUUGAUGAUUUCUUUGGGGAUCAACUUAAUUGAUGUGAUUACCCACUAGCCUACGGAAAAUAUGGAAUUUGUCUAGAAGAAGGAUGCAGUUGCCGAUAACCGGUUGAAAAAAGUGGACCUAUGUUUUUCAGGUUGAUAGAUACUUCACGGUCAAAUCUUGGGUGUUAUCCAGAUAAUCCAAUAUCUGGUGAGUUUCCUCAAUGGCAGAGUCUUUUUGUGCUGAAGGAUAUAGAUUACCCUGCUUCGUCAAGUUUGAACUCUCCUGCUUAUAUCAGAACAGACAUAAAGAGCUGCAAGAGAGCCUGUUUAAAGAACUGUUCUUGUAUGUAUGCUCUUUUUCAACCUUCUGAUAAAAAUUACUCAGAUCCUGGCUACUACUUUCUUAGAUCUAAAGCUUUGUCAUUUAAGAGAGCGCAUGCACAUUUAAAUCAAUCUCUGUUUUUAAAGGUGCAAAAUUCUCCAAUUGCAUAGAUUCCACAACGUAAUCGUUCAUCACCAGCACAGAUUCCACAAAGAAAGAGAAGACAGAAUG